UGCAGUCAUCCUGUCUCAUUCGCUUCGGCGCACAACUAGCCUACCUACUGUACAAGUCAGUUUGAUCCUUCACAGCACUUAGUCCACUACACAAACUGUAAAUAAUCUUAAAAAUUAUAUAAAGAAAUCGAUUGGAAAAUGUAUUAUUAAUGCAUAAUUUUUCAUCAACAGAAGUACGAGAAUGAACUUAUACGACUACUUUCUGUUUAUAACUGCUAUAGCUGUUGUUACAGUCGCGGGACAGUCACACGCAUCUAAAUUAAUCUACCAAAAAUCGAAAGUUUCUUCGACUCCUCGUUAUAUGGUUCAGUUGUAUGAGAAGUAUAAGAGUGGUAGAAUUGAUUCCAUUCAUGAAAAUAGUUCUAUAGUUCGAAGUAUUUUACCCAUGAAAGGUAAAUUGGAAGAUGUGGAAAUGUUAGUGUAUAAUCUUACAGGUGUACCAUCUUCCGAAGUUAUUAUUAGAGCUGAAUUACAUGCUUUUAUUCGAAGAAGAAAAUCGAGAGAACAUGUUUAUCGUUUUAAAUUAUGGGACCUAAUCCAAACUUCCUUGCCAUCCGUGGAACAAAGAGAAAUUAAAGAAAGUGAUGUUGGAUGGAGUGUUUACGAAGUUACCAAAGUAGUUCUUAAUUGUAGGACUCCAAAUACUGAUAGUCAACAUUUACUUGGCAUUUCUAUAGAAGGAAGCAGCGAUAGAAGAAAGUUUCGAUCCAUUCCUAUGAAGCGAUUGGUCAGUUUCCAUUCUCAACCGUUUUUGCUCUUGUUUUCUUAUGAGAAAACAUCUACAAAUUUCUCAAAUUCUGAUAUUGUACAAGAUCGUUUAAAUGAGCUGCUUACAAAAACAAUUGAUGAAAACAAACGAAGAAAGAGGUCUAUCCAUGAUAAUGAACUUCCUGAAUAUCCACUUUAUAAAAUACAUGGUUUGCAAUUAGUUUCGUCUUCUGGAAGUUAUGGUAAAGAUUCUGUUCAUCGUUCUAGGUUAUUGCCUCAUCCUCAGCAUUUGAACAAUCGAAAAUCACGUGGAAAGAAAAAAGAACGAAAAAGAAAGCAUCGAAAGUUACCAUUUCCAUGGAAAAAAUCAGAUAACAUUCAUCAAAAUGAUGCAACUAUUGCAGAUGAUGAUAUUAAAGAUGUAAUGAUGUGUCAGAAGAAAAAACUUAUAGUAGACUUUGCAGCACUUGGAUGGACAAACUGGAUCAUUUCACCUGAUAAAUUUGAAGCUAAUUAUUGUGCUGGACAAUGCCUUUUUCCAUUACCAAAAAAUCUUUUCCCAUCAAAUCAUGCAACCAUCCAGAGUUUGGUUCACUCAUUGAGCUUGGAUCCAAAUGUUCCCCCGCCGUGCUGUGUUCCUGAUAUGACAUCAUCAGUGACUCUUUUAUAUUUUGAUGAGGACACAAAUGUUGUUUUGAAGCGUUAUCCACGCAUGACGGUCGAUAGUUGCGCUUGCCGCUGAAUCACUGUCUAAAUAUGUACUAGAAUUCUCAAGUAUUUGACAAUUUCCCCAUGUUUACAUUCCAAUUUAUGAUUACUUGGAAUGUAUGUAAUUGUAGCAUUUUUCUAAAAAAAAUUCUCCAU